GCCAGGGCCGCCCUGUGCUGCGCCACGCGUCUGGGUCUGUCCAUUUCUCAGCGGCCGUGGGCCUGGUGGAUUGCAGCAGCCAAGCCGCCUGCCCAGGCGUCUCUGUCCUCCACCACACAGCAGCAGCCGCCGUCCGAGCUCGCCUUGCAACCCAAACGACCAGCGCAAGAGAGAAUAAGAGAAUCCAGCGACGCUGACCGAGGCCAGAGCAAACGAGAGCCACAAGCACGUACCGUGAACGUCGACUGCGAGAAAUGUCGAAGCGCGCUGGUGCUGGCCGUCAAGACGACGGCGACGAUGUGCAGGACAACACCGUCCUCGACGAGCAAGAACAGGAAGACAUAGUCGAGAAGCUCCGUGAAGAGAACAGACAGCUCGAUCUGUUCUACAAGUCGUCGAUAAAAUUGGGAAUCGUGCUGCUGGGACUACUGAACAUAUACUGGGGAGCCCUGCCGUACUUCUUCGCCACAACGCCAAAGUUCUACACCAAAAACGCACUGUUUGCGCUUGCGUCGUUCGCCAGCUCGGCUGUGUUGUUCUUUGGCAACAUUGCUCCUCCGUCUACCGCUGCACCCAGCGGCAGCAGCCCCGCCAUGAAGGCCAAGUCGGCGUUCUUACACCAUUCCUUCAUCGGAGGUUUCCUCCUGGGAAUAGUGCCGCUCUACACGACGUAUAUGCACCACCAGGAGCUCAGCUGGGAUCUCGGCAUGUGGGUCCUUCCGUCGCUCGUGGCAGUCAUCAUGGCAGUUACAGUCGACCAGAUGGAGGAGCUCAAAUCUGAUAUUGCACUUUUGGAGAAGCACAAAUACAAGGUCAAAGGCGCCUAAGCACCGGGCCCAGUCUGACCCGAGCGGCGAGCGUGCCGUAUGAUCCAAUAGCCUGGA